GAUGUCCUUUGGUGUUUUUCUGUUACAGGUUCUCUAAUGGAGAAAUCUCGGGAAAGUGGUUUCUUGUUCUGUAAUCUGUGUGGGACAAUGCUGAUCUUGAAAUCAGCUAAGCAUGCAGAAUGUCCACUAUGCAAAACACCACGGACUGCAAAAGAAAUCAUUGACAAGCAAAUAGCGUACACAGUUUCUGCUGAGGAUAUCAGAAGAGAACUAGGAAUCUCUCUCUUUGGUGAAAAAACGCAGGAAGAAACUGAGCUACCAAAGAUCAAAAAGGCGUGCGAGAAAUGCCAGCACCCUGAGCUUGUUUACACAACCAGACAGACAAGAUCAGCGGAUGAAGGGCAGACAACAUAUUAUACUUGCCCCAAUUGUGGACAUAGAUUCACAGAAGGUUGA